AAACAAAAAUCAAAUCUUAAAGCUUUUGAAAGAUGGUGUACUUUUUGAUAAACCCAAUUCAAACUUAUUAUCCAAUUUAACUAUGAAAAAUGCUAUCAUCAAUUAGAAGAUUGUCCAUGUCAAUGUCCAUAUCAUCAAUUUCCUCUUUAACCCUCUAUUCAUUUCAAUCUCCAAAUUCACUUCGCAAAUUAAUCAUGGAUUCAUCAUCUUCAACAAACCACAGCUUUAAUAAUACUUCUCAAAAAAGACUAUUAGCCUUAGCUCAACAAUUGCGUCUUUACAAACCCCCACCUCCUCAAUUUGACACUGAUUUUGAGGAGAAAAAAUUGGAAGAGAGUGCAGGGAAAGUUGUUUCUCAAUUGGGUUUUCAAGAAUCAGUGACCCCAAUUUCUGCUGUGCAAACUGAAAGAUUUAAACCUAAAAGAGCUGCUGUUUUGAUCUGUCUUUUUGAAGGGGAUGCUGAUGGGGAAUUAAGAGUUAUUCUCACUAAGAGAUCUUCUAAGCUCUCUACUCACUCUGGUGAAGUUGCAUUACCUGGAGGGAAAGCUGAAGAGGGAGAUGCAAGUGAUGCUGACACUGCAACCAGAGAAGCAAAGGAGGAGAUAGGAUUAGAUCCUUCAUUGGUUAAUAUCGUGACUUGCCUCGAGCCAUUCUUGUCUAAGCAUCUUCUUAGAGUGAUUCCUGUAAUUGGGAUUCUCUCCAAUAAAAAAGAAUUCAAUCCCACUCCUAAUAUUGCUGAAGUAGAAGCAGUUUUUGAUGUCCCAUUGGAGAUGUUUCUCAAGGACGAGAAUAGGAGAUCAGAAGAAAGAGAAUGGAUGGGAGAAAAGUAUCUGAUUCAUUUGUUCGACUACGAGUUGGAAAACAAGAAAUAUUUGAUCUGGGGUCUAACUGCUGGGAUUUUGAUUAGAGCAGCAUCAGUUGUGUAUCAGAGAGCACCUGCAUUCUUGGAACAAAAUCCUAAAUUCAAGCUCCCUAGAGUGGUGGACAAAGAUACUACAAUGAAUUAACUUUGAUCUUUGUAAUUCUUGUAUAAUCCAGCUUGUGUAAUAAAUUAAUUAAAUGGACAUAGUGGAGUAUUAUUAUGUAUUUUUCAAA